UAUCACUCUCUUGUGAACUGCUAUUUCUGGGGUGCCUUGAUAGUCGGAAGUCGGAGCAACUUCGUGCUGUGGAGGCUAGAGAGAUGAGCAGAGUAAGCCUGAUACCCCGUUUGGACUUCUCUGUUGACAUCCACCCCUUGGCGCUCAUAUCACCUUAUGCAGUUGCGAGCGCCGUAAAACCUUACUAAAACAAACAAGGUCUUAGGGUACACCUUACACACAGUGCACGUCACCUACUCGGCAGCUGCGCAGAGAUGUGAUGAUCAGUGCCAGUAAGCUCGGUGCAAGGAUGCCUGAAAGCUCAUCAUUAUAAUAGGUUUUGACGAAGGGAUAUAACUCAUUAUAAUACAACCCUCCAUCUAGUCUUGGCAUAAUCUUUUCCCUUGAUGCUGGGAAAUCGUUAGACCCAGUGCCCAUUAUAAGCACGAUCGGGUCGGUUCGGUUUGAUUUGGUAGGAGGGAUUAAAUAUUUAAAGUAAAGUAUGUAUGAAAAGUAAGACCGACCCCAUUUUUUUAAAAUAGCAAGGCUUAUGAAACCCAUUUUUUAGUUCUCUAUUCAGACCAAGGAUGUUUAUAGGGCCUAAUCUUUUAAUAUAAUUAUGAAACAUGAAAAAUGAAUAGAAGCGGAAGUGUCACCAGCAGUAUAAAAUAGCAGUAUAGAACGGUUGUUCGGCCGUCUGAGUGAGAGCGAGAGUGAGAGGCUUGACGCGGCAUCGGCAGUUCUCCCUAUUAUAUACUCUGCUGUGUUAGCCUAAUACAGCGAGAUUUGCAGCCUGGACUAAAGAGUAAUUUUAUAAAUUGCCAGCAUGAUUCCUUGGUUUCAUGUCUUUUUAUUUGUACUCAGUGUAUGCCUAUUUUAUUUUGCAUUUCGGAAGGGCGUUCGGAAAGGUGGGCGUCUUCCACCUUACGAUGGGUGGAUUCCAUGGCUAGGGUGCGCGAUUAAAUUUGGUGAAAACCCCAUUGAUUUCAUCGAAGCAAAAAGACGACAGCUUGGAUCAGUGUUCACACUGAAAGUUGCUGGUGAACACAUCACUUUUGUCUGUGAUCCGGAAGAUUUUCAUUACGUCUUCAAAUCCAGCAAAGUUAGCUUUCCUAAAUCUGUCCAGGACCCAGUUAAUAAAGUUGCUGGGAUAACCCGAAAGUCGUUUAAUGAAAUUCAUACCAAGAUGCACGACACCCUGAAAGGACAGCUGGCCACAACUCAGCUUUCUUCCACUUGUGACCUCCUCUUCAAAAAGUUUGAGCAUUUCUUUGGUCAGUUGAAGGAGAAUGUGGAUCCACAGCAAGAAACUGAUCUGUAUGGAAUAGUGCGUUCAAUAAUGUAUCGGAGUGUCAUUCACAUAUUCUUUGGAGAAGGAUCGAUACCUGUGGAGAAAGAGGAAGACUUCUUAGAUUUUGAGAAUCAUUUCAUGACAUUUGAUGAGCAGUUUGAGUAUGGGACUCGAUUACCUGUCAUAUUUAUCAGGAAGUGGGCAGCUUCUCGACAAUGGCUUCUGGAAAAAUGUGAAAGAGUCGUGUCAUUAUGUACCAAGACGAUGCCAAAAGAGCCGAAGGACAAAAAUAUUUUCCAGAAUCUUCUGCCUCUGAUCGAUGAAGAUAACAAGGCCAACUGGUCUUUGCUGACGUUAUGGGCUGCCCUGGCCAAUGCUAUUCCUUUGUCAUUCUGGGUACUCACUUUUGUGUAUCAGGAUAAAAAAGUUCUGGGUAAAGUGCAGCGAGAAAUCGAUGCAGCUCUCAAAGAUGGCCGGCCAAUUACCGAGUCUGUGUUGAGUGAAAUGCCGUACACUCUACGAUGUGUCAUGGAGGGCAUCAGGCUCAGAUCUCCAGGGAUGAUCCCUCGGCGUGUUGUUGAGCCCAUCGUUGUCAAAGGCUACACAGUGCCCCCGGGCCAUAUGCUGUCUGUGUCACCUUACUGGGUGAACAGAAAUCCUGAUAUUUACGAGGAUCCAGAACUUUUCAACCCUGAUCGCUGGAGUGACUGGACUCCUGGUUCCAUACCUGAAACAUUCAUUCCCUUUGGCGGUGGUCGCUACAUGUGCCCGGGCAGGUGGUUUGCCCUGAUGGAAAUUCAUAUGUUUGUGGCAAUGUUCUUUCAUACCUUUGACUGUCACUUGACGAAAGGCAUUCCUGAUUUUUGUAAACUUCACCUUGUGGGCUCCCAGCAACCACUCCAGAACUGUCCUGUGACAUUGAAACCCAGAGUGAUAAACUAGACUGUUGCGUGCACAGGUGUUACCAGGUAUCUGUGUCCGUCCCACCCCACCACAUGAAAGUGAUAAUGACAUGAGGUUUGAGUCAAAAGUACUUCGAUAGAAUAACUGUACUUUCGUUCAGAGAUACAGCAAUACAGACAGAAGCAACCGAGGGAAAGAACAGAUGUAGGACCUACCUACCAGUACCCACUGCAUCAUCAUCCAACCAUCUACCCGCACUGAACACACGCUGGCGUUCUGUGGCACAAAUUUAGCAGUUAGUUAAGCCCAAGGUGUACGCAUCCUGUAAGGCUCUAUGGAGCAGGCCUCAUUUUACUUCAGGAGGAAGCACAUGGUCCCGAUAUUGUAAUUCAGUUGCAGAAAAAAAACAACCAAAACAGAACAGCAGAGAGAUGAUAAAGAACUACAGAAAUAGGACUUUCCUGUCUCACCCUUCAAUUACUCGCUCAUUCUAAGAGAAGAAAGUCUCAUACAAUAAAACAGUUGCCCUCAUGGUCACACAUACAAACACUGUGGAAUGAAUAUUGUUUGAUCAUAACUUUAUAUGGUUAUGACAAAAAAAUUAACAUCCAUACUGAAGAGGAAAAGGUGAAGGUUGUAAAAACUCUUGAAAUUCAUAAAUUUAGGAAAGGAUCCAAACCCAGGUUACCUGUUCCGAAUUCCAAUGUCUUUCCACUUUGUUUGAUUACAUCUCACACUUUGAAACAAAACAUUCACGUUAUAUUUCUCAUAUAAAUUUUUUUAUAUAAUUCUCUGACUUUACAAAAGGAAAUUAGUUAUUUCGUUUUCCUUUGCACGUGAGCUUUAUUGUUGAUAUAUUCACUUUUUUUUUUUUACGCAUUAGGUCCUCAUAUCAGAUGUAUCGUCCACUCAGCAGAUAAACUGCUACUUUUGUUACUAUCAAAGAGAUACUUUUACUACCCUCUACUUUUACUACUACUACUGCUAUUAAUAAUCAUUGUGUAAAUACAAUUGUUAUUAUUAAUUAUUAUUAUUAGUCACCAAAAGUAAAUGCAUUGUUUGUGUUUGUCUCAAGAAUU